AUGAAAUCAUACCUCCACCAAAGAAAGUUUCAAGUGAAAUACGAAGACGAGUACUCUAACCUGUACGACAUCACUGCUUCAGUCCCGCAAGGAUCAGUGCUUGGACCAGUACUGUAUGCCAUAUAUACAUCAGAUCUGCAGAACACUGAAGAUGUAACGACAGCAACCUAUGCAGAUGACACUGCAUGCCUUGCAAGUGAUAAGGACCCGGACGUUGCUCAACAAAAGCUCCAAACACAAAUUAAGAGAAAAUAG